GGAGUUGUUUACUGGGACACCGCUGCGAACGCAGCAGACAGGAGACACUAGCUCUGAGUCCGCUUGCAGCUUCUCUCCUCUGCCCCAGUGCCCGGAGCCUGACAUUAGAAAGCAGCCCAGGAGAGAAUCCACUCCCAGAAGCCGAUUUCCUGUGUCACCUUUUGAUGAGUGUUCGUGGGCUCUGGCCUUGGUUUUCGUCCCCCUGCAAUCGGCAGAAGAAAUGGCUAUCUCCAGGCUGUGGCGGAGCAACUGCCUGCCCUUCGUGGGUAUCAUGAUCCUCGCGGCUGUGAUCCUCUCUCUGAUGCUCUACGCGCUCCUCUGGAAGGCUGGCAACCUCGCCGACCUGCCUAACCUGAGGAUAGGCUUCUACAACUUCUGUCUGUGGAAGGAGGACACUGGCUCCCUACAGUGUUACAACUUUCCUGAGCUGGAAGCGCUGGGGGUUCCUCAGGUUGGCCUAGCCCUGGCCAGGCUCGGUGUGUACGGAGCCCUGGUCCUCAUGAUCUUUGUCCCUCUGCCUCUCCUCCUUGCCCAGUGCAACGGCGAUAAAGGAGAGUGGCAGCUGGCAGUGGGCUUCCUGGUGGCAUCGUCCGUCCUGCUGGCCAGCGGACUGAGCCUCUUCCUCUCCUACGUGUGGAAGUGGGUCAGGCUCGCCUUGCUGGGGCCCGGCUUUCUAGCCCUGUGCUUAGCCCAGGCCUUGCUCAUCUUCCUGCUUAUGGCCACAGUUAUGCUUCCUCCACGGGAAAAGAAGGACAAGAGCAAGUGGGAGAGCUGUUAGUCCAAC